AUGAGCACGGAAUCGUCGGGGGCAGGAGGAGGAGGAGUGGCGAAUGAUCUGAGGCGAAAUUUGUUGGGAGAGGGCGACGGAUUUACGGACGGCGGGUACUCGUUUAGUAGCCUGCAGUCUACCUCUAGCACCGGGACUCACCCCGCCGGAAUCGGCAGAUCGGCGAGUGGAGGCGGCAGCAGCGCGGGUGGUGGCGGUGGCGGUGGCGGCGGGGGGGGGAGCGGGGGCGGCAGUCGGGGGGUGGACGAACUAGAAAUGCUUAUUGGCAACGACAACAUGCACGACAUCCAAGACUGCAUGCGAACGCUCCAAGCAAGCCCAACGCACGGCAGCAGCAGUAGCAGCCACCACCCGGACCACCACGCGGCCGCUCCUCCGGCCGCUCCUAUCGGCUUUUACAUUUCAUCCCUUGACGAAGCCCAUCAUCACAACGGUGAUAGCGGCGGCGGCGGCAGCAGCGGCGACAUGGACGUAGAAGGUGCAGGUUCGCGUUCGAACGGUGGCUUGGGUGGCGGCGGCAGCGGCAGCGGCGGCGGUGGCGGGGACCCUUUUGGCCAGGAAGAGGACAGUUUUGGCGCGGCAGCGGCCCUGACGAGCUAUGACGACGAGGUCGGGCCGAAGAUCGGCGACAGCCAUCAAGCGGUGAUUCCGAAGCUGUCGAGUGUGACCGAGGACGGAACCACCUUGCGAUCAUCGCCGCGGCCGCCGCCACUCCAGCUGUGGCGACCGGGGGCGCUCUCCCCUGCUGCGCUUGACCUUGCCCUGCCGAAACCCCGGCCGGGGGGUGCCGGCUCCGCAGAGCUGGAGCAGAAGAUGCGUUGGAAACGCAACCCAGAGUACGCCGCGUGGAAGUGCACAGACCAGCUUGUCGGCAGGCGCGUGGCGAAGCGCGUAGAGACGACCCACGUGCGAGAGGGCGCGGGUCAGGCCAAGAGGUUCGAGACGUUGGGCAUGCGGCGCGGCUGGGUGGUGGAGAAGGAGGACAUGCUGCUGCACGGUCGCGACGAAGACAUGUUCGUCAUCCGAUACCCCAGGAUGGGCGUCUUCCAAGUCAAGUUUGAGGGGGACCUCGGGACCCUGGAAACAAUGCUGGUGGAAAGGUCGGCAUCCGACGAGGACCGUGGGGAAGAAGCUUCCGCCCACAACCGCCCAAGGUUUGGUGCCCGUGGCAAUCACAUGGAGGUUGUGGUUCUGGGGGGUUGUCCGCGGGGUGCGCCCUCCUGCUAGAAGAUCUUCAUGCGCGGGGCGGGACGACCAAAAGGAAUCUCUCGCUGAGCCUCGCCGUGGAUGCACAAGAACCAACAUUUUUCCUCGCAGCAAUCAGUUUAAGACGGCGGGCGUUGCAUUGGUAGCCCUCUUCUAUUGGUGUGGUGGGAAGGGGGGAUACUCGUAGCGUCCCCGUCCUUCGGCACGGCUCUAAAAAAGGUUGAUUAAUUCGUGACUUCUUGCUCGCGUGCUACUUUGUGAAAAAAAAAGAAUUGUAGUGCUUCUUUUUUGUUUUGUCCCGCAUCGGGAAGAAAGAGUAUUUUGCGUGUGGGUGUGUGUGUGGGUAGCGGGCCGAGCCCUGCGUACUAACGUGUACGAUUGUAGAGAACUCUGUCGCGUUGGAAACUCCUCUCCCUGCGUCAUGUGUUGUUAAAGCGUAGAAGUUAAAUCCGGUUUUGUGUACGUGUGUGCAGAAGCUAUCUUGCGCUGAUGGCCGCCUAACAACUACUGCUUACUUUCCACCAAAGUGGUGUGUGUUGUGUGCCGUUUCAUGUUGCGUUGCUCUUUUCUAAGCGUUAGCCUGUCGGUGCGUGUUUUGCCGUGCCUGAAUGUAUACGAUAGGCACAUCUGGUGCAUGCAACGGGUCGAAGUAGGUUUGCGUAUGAGGACUUACGGCGGACGGGGGCGGGGGUGGGGGUCGGGAUGAGAGAGCUAUGCUAGUCCAGUGGUCGUUAGAGGGCUCCAACUCUGUGCAAAAGCGAUGAGCUCUCCCGGCAGACGCACACAUCUCGGUAGAUUGAACAGUCAAAGCCCCGGAGAAUAUGUCAAAUCCUCGUGCCACGUCGUAUCUCAUUUUUUUAUUUUUUUUGUAUUGUUUCCAAAGUUUUGGUUCGUGUCCAAUGCGUCCACUAUAUGUACAGCAGUGAAGUAGUCGUCGCUCCGAUGUUACGGGUAGCCAUUGUGGUUUAUUUCGGGGUUUUGGAACCGCUGGCCGAUCGGGGGGCGCCGCCGUCUCAGCGACGGUUUGAUGGGGGGACGAUGUGAACCAAAUUACUACCUACAGUAGCUGUCGGACUCCUCUUGACGUUUCUCUUAUCGCGUACUUUUUUUGUUUGUUGACCUCGUUGUACGUGAUAUUCAGCAGCCGACCGUCACCCGGCACUGGUCGUCCUAUGUGUUAGAUAAUAUCCAUCGCCGCCGCCGCUGCUGUUAGUGGAGGCGGUGGUGGUGGUGGUGUCGUUACGGUGCGAUGCGGGGUGAGACCUACACGCGUAAAUCGAUCAAGUACCAGUAGUAAUACCAGAGCAUGGGAGGGGCAAGGGACGGUUGAUGACGCGGGCGAGCUAGAGCGAGACGAAAAACUUAAGGAGGUUUGGUGUGCAGUAUUGUCGCGUGCCAGCGUGUAUUCAUGAUCCUUUAAAAUUUUCUUCUUGCACAAGACGCUGGCAGUGAUGGCGUUGAAGGCGAAGAUGAAGGGUUUGCUCUGUUUUUAGGUAAAAUGAAUUUUUGCAGAGAUGUAGUUCAGGUGACUGGUUUGAGUGGGUGUUUGGCUGAGGUGGUAAAACGUAUUAUAGUGCAUGCGUGAAGGAUGGGCAGUGAACUUGCCAGACUUGUGUUUCCCCUGGUGGCAAGUGCCGUUUUUUUUUUUAAUGCUCAUUGCUUUUCGCUGACUGACGGAAGAUGACGGACGACGAGAGAGUUGCGUGGUCAUGUUGCUGACGUUGGUUUAUCCUUCGUGGUAGUGGGUGGCGGAUGUACCUCUCCUCCAGCAGAGAUUGAUGAAACCGAUAAUGAUGAGAGUUUUGCUUCACUGGCGGAGGGGGGGGCGGGGGUGUUUGUUGCCACACCCCGGCGCACCAAAAAAACACCCAUGGUGCUUGGUUCAUGCUGGUUGUUGUCGCUGUUGGCAGACGGCGGCGACUGCCUGUCAAGUGUUCAACCUCUCUUACGACACGCGGAGAAACAUAAGUCUCCCCAGAGAUGGCGACGGACUCGGCUGACUCAACCUGCAUCGAUUUGGGUACUUGUUAAAGGCGGUUUCCUAGGGAACAGGUAUUAGUAUUACAACGCCUCCUCCUGUGGCCAGUAUCAAAGAAACGCUCAAUCGAGCAAACCAAACUCGUUCGUAAAAAAUUGCAAGAGCCUCUAGUCAAGCGCCUGCUGUCCAGAACGAAACUUUGACCAAUCCAUGGACAGGGGACGAGACCCACCCUACUCGCAUCGUGAACUGCAGGACGAGAGAGUCUCGAGCACCUUCUCUGCGGCAUUUACUCCCCGCUUCACACACGCUCGCACGGUGGUGGACAACCAUACUAAGAGCGCCCCGUCCGUCUUUUUUCUCUCCUGUCCCGCGAGAUAGCCCAGGCACACACAGCUCGACUUGCGCCGACGAAUGGCGCAUUCCCCGCUCCUCGGCCCCGUGUCGAGCCAGGUGUCGAGCGCGAGGCACACAAGCAAUUCCGUCGGUUUC